GUUGCCAUAACUGGUGAUAUAUCAAAAAUGUAUCAUUCUGUGAAAAUCAACACACUGGACCAACACACACACCGAUUUCUUUGGAGAGAUUUAAACAGUAACAGACCACCUGAUCACUAUGCCCUGACCUCAGUGACUUUCGGGGAUAGGCCGAGUGGGACCAUAGCUGUGCUAGCAUUAAGGCAUACUACAGAAAAAUUUGGUAAAGGAGAUCCUGAAGUUUAUAACAUGAUUGUAAACAACACAUAUGUUGAUGAUAUUCUCUAUUCCAUUGAUAUGGUAGAAAAGGCUUUUGAUUUGAUACAAAGAGCAGAACAUGUAAUAUCUCUUGGAAACUUUCAUGUGAAGCAUUGGAUAGUAAGUGGGCAACAUGAGAACCAUAGUAUCAACAUCAUGAAAUCUGACAAUGAGAAAAUUCUAGGGCUCAAGUGGAAUCCCAAGGAUGAUAAUUUCUCUUUUAAUGUAAAGGUAAAUUUCUCUCCUAAAGUUAAAAAGAUCCGGAGUGGUCCAAACUGGGAUCAUAGAGAGAUUGAGUCAAACUUCCCUGAGGUGCUCACUCGCAGAAUGAUACUAAGUCAAGUGGCAUCCUUCUAUGAUCCAUUGGGGUUAGCCAUACCAGUUGUGUUGAGAGCAAAAAUUUUGAUGAGAUCUAUGAUCUCAAAAUGUGAUCCAAAUAAGAGAGUGGAAUGGGAUGAACCAUUAGAUGCUGAUAUUGUAAAUGAAUGGAAAUGUUUUUUCACUGAUUUGUAUGGAGUAGAAAACUGCACAUUUAAGAGACCUCUGAAACCAGCCAAUGCAUCGGGUAAACCCAUACUUGUGAUCUUCUCUGAUGGCAGCACACAAGCAUAUGGAGCAUGUGCGUAUGUUAGAUGGCAGACUGAUGACAACAAAUUUCAGACUAAUUUGAUCAUGGCUAAAAACAAAAUAGCACCUAUGAGACAAUUGACCAUUCCUCGUCUAGAACUUUGUGGAGCUCUUUUGUCAGCUAGAUUAAGAGAAACUAUAGUGAGAGAAUGCAACUGGGAAUUUGAAUCCAUAUUCCAUAUUGUAGAUUCAUCUAUUGUCAGAGAUCAGAUUCAAAAGGAAUCGCAUGGGUUCCGGCCUUUUGUGGCUGUCCGCAUAGCAGAAAUACAACUGAAAACAAAUCUAAAGGAUUGGUGGUGGGUGGACACAGUUCAGAAUGUGGCAGAUUUAACUUCUAGACCAUGCACUUCAGAUAAGAUUAAGGAGGAUUCAACUUGGCAACAUGGGCCUGAAUUUUUGAGAUUGCCAAUUUCAGAAUGGCCAGUUAAACAGCAAUGUGCAGAUCACUUACCGGAUAGAAUAGGCAUUACUAUGACAGUUGCUAAAGGACACCUGAGAAAUUUAAGCAUGAUUAAUGUGAAAGGAUUUAGCAAAUAUGAAACUUUGUUGAGAGUUACAUGUAGGAUAAUGUCUAUAUUCAAGCAUAAAUCCUUAAAAGCUGUGCUGAAGGAGCCUACGUCUGAGGAAAUGGAAGAAGCAGAAGUACUGUGGGUAAAAACCAUGCAAAGUAACAUGACUAACUGGCAAGAUAGAUACAGAAGGUUAGGCCCCAUAAUGACAGACAAUGGAGUAAUUUUAGUGGGUCAAAGAAUAUCAAAAUGGUUAAAGGAAAACUGGAAUCAAGAUCACUUCAUGUUGAUACCAGCUAACCACCCAGUUACUAGACUGUAUGUGUCCAGCUUACAUAGUAGAGAUCAUGCAGGUAUUGAAACCACCUUGGCCAAGUUACAGAGUAAAUUUUGGGUGCCGGGAGCUAGGAAAUUAAUAAAGUCAAUUAAAGGAGAAAUGUAAGAGUGGGUGAUGUGGUUUUAGUUCAAGAUGCUAAUGCAGUUAGAAGAACCUGGAAAUUAGCUCAAGUAAUAAAGGCAGAUCCAGGUCGUGAUGGUGCUGUAAGAGAUGUAGACUUAAGGUAUAAGAUAGUCAAGGAAGGUAAAGGAUAUGAUGGGGUGACAGACAAAGUCAUGAGUAGGUCAGUGCAUAGGUUAAUAGUGUUAUUACCUAAGGAAGAACAAGAGUGAUGAUGAGCGUGUAGGAUCAUUAAAGAUAUGAUUUAUCUACAUGUACCAAAGCAUUCUAUGUACUACCUGUGUAUAUUGUAUGUUCACUUUGGUCGGGGUGGAGUGUAUCAUUAAAAUGAUAUGUUAACCAUCUAUUAUUUAUUUAUACAAUAUAUUUUUGUUAUCUGUGUUAAAGAAAAUGUAAGUUGUGUUCUGUUGGAAUGGGAGAAGUUUGGUACGCUUCUUUGUGGUGUUUUGUUUCACCCACUACCUGUGAACAUGGUCGGCCUGGCGGGUUGUCUAAGCCGGCCCACCAGUGUACUGUGGGUUGUUGUGUUGGGUGGUCCUCUGUGCUACAGACAGAGUUGUGAGGACGCCCUGGACUGGAUGAUAGUUGGGGUGGUGACAUGUCAGGUGUGCUACGGGGAUUCGAAGAGCGUCAGUGUGGGCCACUGAAGUCGUCGCCGUGAAUGUUCUCUCUUGAAGAUGGUCUGGGCCACCUUGCCUACCUCAAGCAACUCAAGCCCACCUGACCCACAUGUAUCUUUGACGGUGCGCGCGGGAGAGAGUGAGAGGUGGGAGAGGCAAAGAGUGAAGAAAAUUGGAGGGAGGAGUUAGCGUGUAUCGAGGCAUGACCUGGGAACGACUUAAGAACGACCUUCUCCUCUCAGUCACUUGAGGAUUGUCAGCUGGUGGAGAGAUAAGACAUGACCUUUCGCCUGUUGUGAAAGGUCUCUUCCUCCUCCUCCUCAUUCUUCUCGUCCUACUCCGUCUCAUUCUCCUAAUCUUGCUCCUCGUCCUUAUCGUUAUCAUUGAUUCAAUCUCCUUUUUCUUCUCCUCCUCUUCCUCCUCCUCCUUCGUCUUCCUGAGGGUCCAGCACGGUGGAGGAUGGUACUGGUGCUGGUGAUGAUAGUGGUGGUGUUGGUGACUCUCUGUUGGCAGCUAUACCAAGGAAGGGUGAAAAUAAUGACACCCACGUCUUCAAAGAAAAUAAAACAGUUUGCCAAUGAGUUACAAAAAGGAGGAAAACCGAAAAAAAACUGACUUAUCCUAGGGAACAGUUACUAAAAGGAUGAACUUGAGGGGAUAAAAAGAGAUAAACGGUGAUUUCUCCAGGGAAAGAUUUCGCUGAUGGAAACAUGACACAAGCUCUGAAGUGCAUGUCAGAGCAACGCCCGGACUCUGUGAGGCGGAAAGCUUGGGUGUGACGCACGAGGACUGAUAUGCAUCCAUGAGUGAGCCAGGCGGGGCGAGGCAGCGGCUGACGACUGACUGCUGACCACGCACACCCACCCUCACCCCACACACCCACAUCCACAUUCCACACACGCCGAGUUAUCGCAUCAAUGCAGACUAGGAUUAAAGUAUUGUUAACCACGUAUCUAUACACCAGGACAGAUCCUACUCACAGGUAGACGCCCUUGUAUGCUUCCUAAACUGUGUUCACUCCGAGUCGGGUUUCUGACUCAGUAUAUAUGCCUUGUGUGCCUUUUUAUUAUAGCGUGUCCAUGUCUCAUUUGCCGCGGAGAUCUGUGGCUUGUGGCUGGUCCCUGGUGGGUAGGACUCGUCUGAGAGCCUCGAGGGUGUGCAGGAAGCUUGGCUGCUGUAGUUUGGAGUCCUGCGCGGCGCCCCGGCUCAUAGUACAAACGACAGGAGGAACACACUAACUCCGUGAGAGGUAGCGGCUCGUGUGUCGCUCGAUGGUCCUUCGCCACUCACCUCUCCUCGGCCCUGACUCAACCUCACGUCUCGCAAGCCGUCACAGCGGUGUCCUGCAGCUGGGGACACGAGGACGCUGCCGCCCAUUCCUCUGGCAGCAGUACCCGAGAGACCGUCAUUGAUCCGACAGUAUGAGGCGUGGCGAUCAAAAAUUCAAGCUGCAUUCAUCCUGGAGCCGCUGUGUAUCAGGACGUCCUGGAGAAGUGGGACGAAGACCACUGAGGACAGACGCGCCCUUACACCUUAUGACUUGAUUAGAUGCCAGGAUACACACACUAGAGGUUAGCCAUCCUCACUCACUCACGUUUCUGUACACAUACGUGUAGGUAUAUAUUUUUUUUUGUACUGGAUGUUCCCUUUUUUUUUUUUUAGUUUAACAAAUAUUAAAAUCUAUAAAAAGAU